ACAGUAUUACAAAUACCUGAACAAUCCGAGUAUAAAUCUUCACAGAUCGAUGAGUUUGAGACAACCUUUCGAUGUAAUAGAGAGAGAAAAAAAUAUAUAUUUUCCCAAAUACGAUAAACAAAGUCAAGACAGCUUAAACAUAGGUUUUGUUUUCUAAGUUUUGUUUACCAAUUGGGCUUCACUAUUUUUUAGCUUAACUAGAAUUGGUUUUUAAAAACUAAAGUGGGCUUUUCAUUUACAUUGGAUCAAACAUUAUAAACUCAUUUUUAUUUGCAUCAUAAAUUAUUAUGUGUAAUAAUAACAUUUUAUAAAUCAUUAUAUAUAAAAUAAAAUGAUGAAAAUUAAAUGGAAAACUAUUUUUACAAAUAUUUAAUUACUAUUUAAUUGCUAAACAAAUUUGUAACUAUGCUUUAUUAAUUUUUUUAAAAAAUGACAAAUUUUAUAACUGUUUAGAAAAAAAUCAAAAUUAAUGUGUGAAAUGACUAUGGUACAAGUGUAUACUUUGGCAACCUCACAAAUUUAAUAGAAUUAUCAAAAGUUUUUACUAAAGUUUUUUAAAAAUAUUAUGUACAAAUAUGAUUACAAAGAAAACCACAAAUAUGAUUACAAAAAACACAAAUAUGAAUAUUUUAUUUCUAACAAAAAAAUAUAAACAAAAAUAUACCUGGAGGACGAGCCAAAAUGUAGUUUUAUCUUUAAAAUUGUACAAUGUACAGUUUCCCAAUUUCACGCAAGAGGCCCCGGUAAGUCGACUGAGAAGAAAGCAAAGAAAGCAAAGAAAACAAAAAUAUCUAAAGAUGGGGAAAGCGAAGCGAUACUGGCUUCUGAAAACAGAGCCAAGCGAGUGGUCAUGGUCAGACCAAGACGCGAACGGCGGCAUCAGCAAAUGGGACGGGGUCAAGAACAAACAAGCCCAGAAGAAUCUCAAGUCCAUGGCUUCAGGCGACCUCUGUUUCUUCUACCAUUCCGGUUCGAAAUCGAGAUGCGUUGUGGGUGUGGUGGAGGUGGUUCGUGAAUGGUACGCAGAUGAUGAUGACGGAGAAGGAGUGGUUGACGUCAAAGCUGUUGGAGAGAUGAGGAGAUUUGUCGAUUUGAAGGAGAUGAAAGGAGACAAAGGGAUUAAGGAUUUUGUUUUGUUUAGACAGCCGCGGUUGUCUGUUGUUCCAGUGGAAGAUGAUGUUUGGAAAAAAAUUUGUGAACUGGGAGAUGGGUUUUGUGGAGAUGGUAAGGAAGAUCGUGAAAGUAGCGAUGAGUCUUAAAUUGGUAGUCUGUUUUUUUUUUGGUAUAAUUACGGAUGGUGUUAUUGUUAUGAUGCAUGAUUAAGACUCUAGUGACGCCAUUGAUGUUCUUCUUUUGUUAACUUAACUAUGAUUUAUGAUUAUUGAUUGCGUUGUGGUGUGACUCCAUUGAUGUUUCUU